AUGGAAGAAGAACCAGACGGAAGAGGCUCUGCAGAGAACCUGAAAGAGAUGGACGGAGCCCCAGCAGGAGCAGAAGGAGGCACGGCCAGAGAUACGUAUGAUCUGCGGCUAAGAGGAGCUGACCUGAAGACUGGGAAAGUGCAAGGCCGUGUCUUAACAGACUACAUCCGACCUACUCCACCAUCUCAUAGUGGAUACCACCGCUAUCAGUUCCAUAUCUAUGAACAGCCUGAAUAUGAAGCCAUAGCCUUAAGCACAGAAGAAGCAGCAUCUUCAGGUUCCUGGAACAUGGAGAGCUUUGUGGAUCGUUUUCAGCUGGGAGCACCUGUGGCUUCAACCCAUUUCCUCACUGAGCACUACGGAGACUAGCAGCGGCAAUAAAGUCCUCUGCUAUGAAACACUUUGGCUUGCAUCCUCUCCACCACCAAUCGUCUCUCUUCAUUCAGCACUAACUUGCCACUUCAGAAAGCUGCAUAUUGCUCACUUUGAUUUACACUCCGUAAGAUUCUAGCUUCUUUUUGCAAAACUGCCCCAUGGUGUGAAGAAGAUGGUGUCGGCAGCUCUAGCUGUCCAGAAAUUCAACAGCUCAUAAUUGCUGUAUAGGCCUAAAUGUGUGCCUCAAAUUCUUUUCCUAUUAACAUAGAUGCAUGAAGACAACAGUCCCACCACACGUGUGUAACGUACAUUCUAACAUGCGCACCCUCUCCCCUGUACCAGCUAAAAUUGCCAGGGAUGGGUCUUCUCCUAAAAUUAUAACUGCAAAAUUUCCACUUUACUGUGGUAAAGUUGCUCACAUCAAAGACUGUGUCGCUCGAAAAUGCUAUUUGUACAUAUUCCUCGCAAGCUACAUGUUAUACAGAUCCCGUGACAGUAUUCUCUUGAAACGGAAAAAGCAGCCUUAGAGGACUGGGGGACCGGUGAACUAGAUCAGGGCCACAGCACCAAGGGCAGAAGGGGUUAACCCUUCUCCAUGCAUUGUUUCUUCAGUAAAAGCAUGUGGCUGUGUAUGAAAGGGUAUGUGUGAUGUUAAUGGUGGACUGAUGCAAGAAGAAAGAAAGGAUUAAGCUUCCUCCUGUCCACUAUCACCACAGCCCUGAUCCAACUGACCCUCCCUUCCCUCUUUCCCCAUAUUUUUCUGGUCUUGGGGGGGGGGGCGGAGUUGAGAGCUCCAUACUGCAAUCCUAUGCAGAGUUAGUCUAAGGCCAUUGAACCUAAGAAGUGUAGACUGGAGUAUCUUUGCACAGGAUUGUACUGUCAGUCACAGAUCUCCCACAUGUGUAACUUAACCCUCAUUGUACUAAAAUAGUAAUAGUUGGACUUGGUGAAACUGAUUAAGUCAAAAGAGGAAAUAGUCCAGAGCAGCCUGUAGAACAUCACAGUAGACAUGGGGAGUGAAGUAUAACGGGGAGUAGAGACUUGAAGGUCUUCCAGAUCUACCAUAGCAGCCCUGCCAAAAUUUCAGGCAUGCCUAGUCUUGCAUAUCCCAUACAAUGGUACCGUUGAAAAGACUGAGGCUUCAUCAGGGCUGCACCCCUGCUGUCCAGGAGCCUCACAACUUACUUUCGGGAUUCCAAUAGUACCGAACUGCCCAUCUCUGCUGUCUUACCUGGCACUUCCCUUCCUCGUGUCCUUUCCCAGCAUAACGAACUGUAGCUCUUGCUAUUUGUGCAUGCAUGCUUUCCUCCUUUAAACAAACAGCUGUUAUAUAUCUUAGCAGCCACAUUAAAAAAAAGAAGACAAUAGCAUUCUACUGCGGUUUCCUCUAUUUCUUACACUGCAGGGUUAGAAAAUAAACUACUUCUUGCUGAACCUGGCAGGAUUA